UCGUGUUCCAAGACGGAAGCGGGGGAAAAAAAACAGAAGAAAUAUCCCAAAGCUCAAUGCCAAAUGCUUGAUGCUUCACUCUCAAAUCGCAUAUGCCUGUAAUGAACACUCUGACAUUUAUAGCGAAGCAUCCCACAAUUUCACUUAUUCAAUCAAGUACCACUCUCAGAGAGCUCAAGCAGAUCCACACCCAGUUGCUUCAAAUCGGCAUUCUCAACAAUCCUCACUUUCAUGGUCAAUUUGUAGCCACAAUCGCCUUGGACAAUCCUACCAAUCACGAUUACUCCAUUCAGCUUCUAAACCAAUAUGAUAAUCCCAGUACAUUCUCCUUCAACUCUCUGAUCAGAGCCUACUCCAAGAGCUCAAGUCCUCACAGAAGUUUUCACUUCUAUAAUCAAAUUCUCCAUUCCAGAAACAAUCUAUCGCCUGAUAAUUACACCUUCAAUUUCUUGGUUCGCUCAUGUGCGCAGCUUUUGGUGCGGGAGGUGGGUUUGUCAGUUCAUGGUGCGGUUAUAAAGUAUGGGUUUGAGAGUGACCCACAUGUGCAGAGUGGAUUGAUAUUUAUGUAUGGUGAAUUAGGUUGCUUAAGUUCAUGUCGUGGGGUAUAUGAAGCGAUUGCUGAGCCAGAUUUGGUUUCGAAGACGACAAUGGUGAAGGCCUGUGCUGAAUGUGGCGAUAUUGACUUUGCAAGACAAGUGUUUGACGAAAUGCCUGUGAGAGAUACUGUUGCCUGGAAUGCUAUGAUUGCAGGGUACGCCCAAAGUGGGAGGUCAAGAGAGGCGUUGGAUUUGUUUAAUUUGAUGCAAAUAAAGGGUGUGAAAGUUGAUGAAGUGUCCAUGGUUUCGAUUUUAUUUGCAUGCACCCACUUGGGAACAAUGGAUCAAGGAAGAUGGGCUCAUGCAUAUAUACAGAGAAACAAGCUCAGGAUGACUGUGACACUAGGAACUGCACUUAUUGACAUGUAUGCUAAAUGUGGAAAUAUUUACAAGGCCAUGGAAAUCUUUUGGGGUAUGAAGGAAAAGAACGUUUACACUUGGAGCAGUGCCAUUGGUGGGUUAGCAAUGAAUGGGUUUGGCAAGGAGUGUCUUGAUCUUUUUUCUCUUAUGAAACAGGAUGGUGUACAGCCAAACGAAGUCACCUUUAUUUCGGUCUUAAGAGGAUGUAGUGUGAUUGGUCUGGUUGAAGAAGGUCAAAAGCAUUUUGAAUCAAUGAAGAAUCUGUAUGGAAUUGACCCUAAACUUGAGCAUUAUGGCUUAAUGGUUGAUUUAUGUGGUCGAGCAGGGCGUCUGGAAGAAGCCAUGAACUUCAUAAAUAACAUGCCUGUGGAACCUCAUGCUGGUGCAUGGACUGCAUUACUUAAUGCUUGUAGAAUGUAUAAUAACAGAGAACUGGGUGGGUCUGCCCUGAGAAAGGUGUUGGAGCUGGAGUUCAAGAAUGAUGGUGCUUAUGUUCUUUUAUCAAACAUAUAUGCUGAUGACAAGAACUGGGAAAGAGUUAACAGUUUGAGAAAGAUGAUGAAAGCAGAUGGCGUGAAUAAAGUCCCUGGAUGCAGCGUAAUAGAGGUUUAUGGUGAAGUUCAUGAGUUUAUUGUUGGAGACAAGUCUCACCCAAGAUAUGACGAGAUUGAGACAAUGCUGGCAGAAAUCUCUAGUCUUCUGAGAUUAUCAGGCAUACACUUCAAGUUGUGCAUCAAUCCAGUUCCUCUGGAUAGGGAUGAACAUGAAGGAAUUUGAAGGCAAGUGACGACAUUGGACUCAAAACUAACCCUAUCUCCUUGAAGGCCUCAACCUUUGUUGGGAUAAUAAGCUCACACAAGUUAAUAUCUACUCAAACUUUUUGAAGAUCUCAUGCUCAUUCGGCUCGAUUCUGCCCAAAAUCACCCGCUCUUUGGAAUUUUAAAGAACAUAGAGACUUCAUCAUAUGAGAUUAGACGAUCACUUUUAAUCGCAUAUGCAGAGAGCUGAAUCAAUGCACUGAUUGGCUUGCUCACCAAGCCAUCAAUGAUAGUUUAGAUGUUAAGAUUUUUGAGGUCCCUGUGCUAGGAUGUAAGAACUUUUUGUGUUAUGACAUGAUCUAAUGGUUUCUCUUUUACACGGAUUCUUGUCCAUGGUCUUGUAUUAAAAAUAAAUUAAAAUAAAACAAUCUAACCCUAUCUAAUUAAAGAAGCAGAUUAUAGGGGAACUAUCAUGGACCUUGAAAUCUGCAAUUUUGUCUUUGGAGGGUCCCAUGAAAUUCCCUCUCCGCUUAAAUACAAUGCUACUACUGAGAAUGACUCGUCAUUUUCUUUUAUUACCUGAUUGAUACUCAUAGAGAGACAGAAGACAAAAAUGAUCAAUACAAGACCAUGACUAAUACUACAGAACAAAAUAAUUUGUGUGGGGAACUAAUGUUUGAGAUGUGAUGAUUGAUUACUGACUCUUGGGAAGGCAGAAGAAGUUCAUGUUCAAGUAGUUGUCAUAAUGAUG